AUGGCACAUUAUGAAACUGCAGUCAGCUUGAAGCCACUGUCUACCGUCCAUGCGGGCGUGAGACUCUUCUUUGGAGACAGACCAACCCAGCUUCGAGCCUCAGAGCCCUCUUAUUCAGUAUAUGUUAGGUCCACCUUGGUCCUUCUGGAUGUGGGAGGAGCUCAAGUGUUAGCAACGGACAAGUCUGCUAGGGCCGAAACUGAUAUCAAAUAUGCCAUCAUCGGGACAGCUCUGGGUGUUGCCAUAUCGGCCGUCUUCCUAGCCCUGAAGUACUGCAUGAUCAAGAAGCACUUGUUUGAUAAUGAUUCCUCAGACCUAAGAAGCACACACCUGGGAUACAAUGACACCAUUGAGCUAAAGAAGAGAAUCCCAAGGUAA